UUUUAUGUGUAUAUAUAUCAAAAAGCAUGAACAAGAGCUAUGCAAGCUAAGUAAUUGUGGAACUAAGAAAUAAAGUAAAUAGGAGGAUUACAAGGUGGUAAGCCAUGCUUUGAAUCUAGGAGCACAAUGUUUCCUGGCUCCAUAAAAAGAUAACAAGGUUGUUCGGUGUUCUGUCCAUGCUUAAUUGCUCUUCUAUUCUUUCACAUGCUGCAGUUUCCUAUUCCUCCAAUCUGCAAGAUCAUGGCAGAGUCACUGCUUCUCCCUCUAGUGCGUGGUGUGGCCGGCAAGGCUGCAGACGCACUUGUUGAGACCGUGACCCACAUGUGUGGCCUCGACGACGACCGCCGAACGCUGGAGCGCCAUCUGCUAGCCGUUGAGUGCAAGCUGGCGAAUGCUGAGGAGAUGAGUGAGACAAACGGAUAUGUCAAGAGCUGGAUGAAGGAGUUCAAGUCUGUCGCCUACGAGGCCGACGACGUGCUUGACGACUUCCAGUAUGAGGCGCUGCGCCGCCAGUCUAAGAUUGGCAAGUCCACUACCCACAAGGUACUUGGCUACAUCACGCGCCAAAGCCCGUUGCUCUUCCGUUUUGAAAUGAGCAGGAAACUCAAGAACGUCCUCGAGAAGAUCAAUAAGUUGGUUGAGGAGAUGAACAAGUUUGGACUGGAGAAUUCUGUCCAUAGGGGGAAGCGACAAAAUCCUUGCCGGCAGACACACUCAAAACUGGAUGACUGUACCAAAAUAUUUGGAAGAGAUGAUGAUAAGACGGUGGUGGUGAAGCAACUGCUGGGCCUGCAAGAUCAGCAAAAGGUGCAGGUGUUGCCCAUCUUUGGGAUGGGUGGUCUUGGCAAGACGACUCUUGCUAAGAUGGUGUACAAUGAACGAGAGGUCCACGAACAUUUUCAGUUGAAGAUGUGGCACUGUGUGUCAGUAAAUUUUGAUAUUAUUGACCUUGUGAAAGCCAUAGCUGAAUUGGCCACAAAUGGAAGUUCUGCCAUGCUUGGCAGCAUCGAACUAUUGCAGAAGAAACUUGAUGAAGUCAUUGGCCAGAAAAGGUUUUUACUUGUUCUUGAUGAUGUAUGGAAUGAAGAUAAGAGGAUAUGGGAGGAUGAGUUGAAGCCACUAUUGUGUUCUGUUGGUGGACCAGGAAGUGUUAUAGUGGUUACAUGUCGAAGUAAACAAGUGGCCUCUAUAAUGUGCACUGUCAAGCCACACGAGCUAGCAUUUUUGAGUGAAGAAGGCUCAUGGGAAUUGUUUUCAAACAGAGCAUUUAGCAAUGGUGUAGAUGAGCAACCAGAGUUAGUCACCAUCGGAAGGCGUAUUGUGAAUAAAUGUGGGGGGUUGCCUCUUGCUCUCAAGACAAUGGGCGGAUUGCUGAGUUCAAAGCAAAAAGUACAGGAGUGGAAGGCCAUCGAAGAAAGUAACAUCGGGGAUAAUGAUGGAGGAAAAUAUGAGGUCAUGCCCAUACUGAAGUUAAGCUACAAAUACCUAUCAUCUGAAAUGAAGCAAUGUUUUGCAUUCUGUGCAGUCUUUCCCAAGGAUUAUGAGAUGGAGAAGGAUAGGUUGAUCCAACUAUGGAUGGCAAAUGGUUUUAUUCAAGAAGAGGGAAUAAUGGAUUUAGUACAGAAAGGAGAAUUCAUUUUUGAUGAGUUGGUUUGGAGGUCCUUCCUCCAAGAUAAGAAAGUGGCGAUCAAAUCUGCAAUCUAUCAUGGUGACACACAAUAUAAGACAUUUGUAUGUAAAAUGCAUGACCUAAUGCAUGAUCUAGCAAAAAAUGUCACGGAUGAGUGUGCAAGUAUAGAAGAAUUGUCUCAGCAGAAAGCAUUGUUAAAAGGUGUUUGUCACAUGAAAACAUCAAAGGCUGAAUUCGAACGAAUCAAUGGGUUAUGCAAAGGCAGAAAACUCCGCACUUUGUUAGCUCCUUCAGAAUCAUGGAAGGAUUAUAAUUAUAAUUUUCCGAGCAAAUCACACAAGGAUAUUAAGGAGUUGCAACAGGUAUUGGCAUCACUAAGAGCAUUGAAUUGCUCCCCUUCUCCAAUUGUCAUUUGCAAGGCCAUAAAUGGAAAACAUUUACGGUAUCUUGACCUCUCUGGGUCUGACAUCGUUAGGUUGCCAGAUUCAAUAUGUAUGUUGUAUAACCUGCAAACACUGAGGCUGAUAGAUUGCCAGAAGUUGCAGCAGUUAGCAGAAAACAUGGCAAGAUUGAGAAAGCUCACCCAUCUUUAUCUUUCUGGUUGUGGUAGUCUUAGAAGUAUGUCUCCAAACUUUGGUCUAUUGAACAACCUUCACAUAUUAACGACAUUUGUAGUGGAUACCGGAGAUGGCCUUGGCAUAGAGCAGCUCAAAGAAUUACAACACCUUAGCAAUAGGUUGGAACUGUUGAAUUUGAGCAAGAUAAAGAGUGGUGAGAAUGCAAAAGAAGCCAAUCUUAGUCAAAAGAAAAAUAUAAGUGAGUUGUUGUUCUCUUGGGACCAAGAAAGGUAUGAUAAGCCUAAUGGUGUGGAAGAAGUGCUCCAGUGUUUAGAACCUCAUAGUAAUAUCCAAAAGUUCGAGAUAUGUGGAUAUGGUGGCCUACAAAUAUCACAAUGGAUGAGAAAGCCUCAGAUGUUUGACUCCUUGAGAGAACUCGCAAUGUCCAACUGCCCAAGGUGCAAGAGUAUACCUGUAAUAUGGCUCUCAUUCUCUCUAGAGAUUUUGUCCUUAUAUAACAUGGAUAACCUGACAACAUUAUGUAAUAACCUUGAUGUGGAAGGUGGAGGACGCAUUACCCCUCUGCAAAUUUUCCCAAGGUUGAAGAAGCUGUGUUUGAUAAAGUUACCAAACCUGGAGAUAUGGGCAGAAAAUAGUGUAGGAGAGUCUCAGAUGUUUAAAAGUUUGGAAGAACUCGAAAUGUUCGACUGCCCAAGAUGCAGGAGUAUACCUGUCAUAUGGUUCUCGGUCUCUCUGAAAAUUUUGUCCUUGCAGAAGAUGGAUAACCUGACCACAUUAUGUAAUAACCUUGAUGUCAAAGCCGGAGGAUGCAUUACCCCUCUUCAAAUUUUUCCAAGGUUGAAGAAGAUGAGGUUAAUUAGGUUACCAAGCCUAGAAAUAUGGGCAGAAAAUAGUGUGGGAGAGCCUAGUAAUAACCUGGUAACAUUCCGGGUGCUUGAAGAGCUAGAGAUCAAAAAUUGCCCCAAGCUUGCAUGUAUUCCGGUGAUCCCCAUUAUCAGGAUGUUGAAAAUGGUUGGGGUUCACAAUACUGCAGUCGGUUUAGUGUUUAUGGGCAUCCGUCUGGGCUCCUGGCCAUUUCUCCUCAGCUUAACUCUUGGGUCUCCAGAAGACAUACCCAUGUUGCCUGUAGAUGCCCAGCAAAACCAAAGUCAAAUACCUCUUGAAAAACUGAAGUAUUUAGAUCUAGAAGGCCCCAACAGCUUGGUCAGAAGCUCCGGAUUGUCCAGAUCACAUCUUAUGUUUUGGAAGUGCUUUUCGUUGGUGGAACAGCUGACGAUUGACAGUUGCAGCAAUCUUGUCCGCUGGCCAACAGAGGAGCUACGGUGCUUGGAUCGCCUCCGCAUUAUGUACAUCGGAAAUUGUGUGAACCUGGAGGGCAACACUUCAUCCUGUGAGGAGGAAACCCUUCCGCUGUCCCUGGAGAAAUUGUGGAUUAAAGGUUGCCGAAGCGUGGUGACACUGCCUCCAAACCUUGGAAAUCUUGCCAAGCUGAGGUGUCUCUAUGUGAGGAACUGCCCAGAGUUGGCAAGACGAUGCAGAGAAGGUGGGGAGUAUUUUCACUUGCUCUCCUCUGUCCCACGCAAAUACAUUGAUUUUUGAGGAGGUGUCGUGAAAUCCAGAAAAGCUGCGAAGUACAUCGGUAUACGGCUGAGUGCCCUGGUGGGAAUCUCUGAAGCAGGCAAUGGUAGAUCUGCCCCCAUCUUGUUGCCGUCCUCCUCGGCAUGCAGGGCGCAGAGGGGGGAGAGGAAGGUUGGCGCCGCGCGCGCCGCGGCCUGAGGCAACCGCCGUCCUCGUCGCCAGGAAUGGCGCACUCCGGGGGCGGCGUGUCGACGGCGGAGGCGUGGAGAAGAGGGGGCGAGAUUUGCCUGCACCGACGACGGAGACUAGAGG